CACGGCGAGACGAUGCAUUAUCAACUGCGGAUACAACUCCUAUUCCCCUCUCUGCAAGCCGAAGCCUACCCUAUUCUACUUGAACCCAACUCUCACUCAUCCUCAACAUCCAGCUCCUCGCUCUCUCUCUCUCUCUGCAGCUCAACAUCAACCUAAACCGACUCUCUCUCUGUUAAAUUUAAGAGACAGAGAAGUGUUAAAAAAGUUGAGGAAUUUAAUUUAAAGAAAAUGAAGAGGUUGAAGAGCUAUUACAUGAACAUAAGGCAUCAACAAACCAUGGAGAGGAAAUGGAUCUUUCCCCUGGCGAUAGGCUCCAUUGUCUCUUUAUUCCUCCUCUUCCUUACAACGCUAACCUCAUCCGACGGUACACCGUUCCUUCCCCUCUACCGCUCCGUCACUUCCUCCAGCUCCGUCUUCGUCGAGUCUAAGCUCCAUGUCAUCCCUACCUCCACUCUGCCCCCUCCACCCGUGCUUGCCUACCUGAUCUCCGGCUCCAACGGCGACGGCCACAUGCUGAAGCGAACUCUUCAGGCUCUCUACCACCCUCGUAAUCGCUACGUGGUCCAUUUGGACCUCGAGUCCCCGCCCGAGGAGCGCUCGGAUCUGCAAAAUUACGUGCGGGACCAUCCGGUCUUUGCGAGAUUCCGGAAUGUCUGGAUGAUCACCAAGGCGAAUCUCGUCACGUACCGGGGCCCCACCAUGGUGGCCAACACGCUCCACGCCGCCGCCAUUUUGUUGAGGGAAGGAGGGGACUGGGACUGGUUUAUCAAUCUAAGUGCUACGGAUUAUCCACUAGUCACCCAGGAUGAUCUGUUGCACACGUUUUCGUACCUCCCGAGGGAUCUCAAUUUCAUUGAUCAUACUAGUAACAUUGGCUGGAAAGAGUAUCAGCGAGCAAAACCGAUAAUUAUAGACCCGGGUUUGUACAUGACUAAGAAAGCUGAUGUUUUCUGGGUCACACAGCGGAGAAGUGUGCCAACAGCAUUUAAACUCUUCACAGGUUCUGCUUGGAUGGCACUUUCGAGGCAAUUCGUUGAUUACAUCAUAUGGGGAUGGGACAACCUACCUCGACUUGUUCUCAUGUACUACGCAAACUUCAUAUCUUCCCCAGAAGGAUACUUCCACACUGUUAUAUGUAAUGCCCAGGAGUUCCGCAACACCACUGUGAACAGUGACCUCCACUUCAUAUCCUGGGAUAACCCUCCCAAGCAACAUCCACACCACCUCAAUCUCAAUGACAUGCAAAAUAUGAUUAAUAGUAAUGCUCCAUUUGCACGGAAAUUUCCCAAAGAAGAUGCAGUGCUUGACAAAAUUGAUUCUGAGCUAUUGUCUCGGGGUCCAGGCAUGCUUGUUCCUGGUGGUUGGUGCAUCGGAAUCAGGGAAAAUGGGACUGAUCCUUGUUCUGAUAUUGGUAAUACGACAGUCCUCAGACCUGGCCUUGGAGCGAAAAGGUUGGAAAAUUUGAUGAGCUCUCUAUUAUCCAGUGAGAAUUUCCGGCCCAGGCAGUGCAAAUAACAAGCACCAGAAACUACUUCAGUAAGCACCUCUCGUGGCAGUUUGUAUUUGAAGAUGGAAGACAUGAGUAUGAUCAUCAGGGACUUAGCAUGUCUUCUAGUAGAAACAGAAAUGAAAGAAUACACAACUCUGCCUUAUAGAGUAGCAUGGAAGGAGAUGGAUUUGGUCGAAUGAUAGGAGCUACAGAAUGACAUGGUAUUGGUAUACACGAUGAAGCCCACACGUUUUCCUUCUUUCUCUUCCUUUUUUUUAGUUUUUCUAAUGAUAUGCAGCAACUCCGUAUCAAGCAAGCACUGAAGCUUAUUUUGCUCUGAUCUGGGGUUGGGUUGGAAACUUGGAGACAUAUUGCCGGGAUGAAUAUUUGAUAGAGGAAUGAAUAUUUGUUAUAUGA